AUGUUGCCCACUCUUCACUCGCAUAACGUUGCCCUAGCUACCAUCCCAUUUUUCGCCAGCGUCCUGGCCUCCAGCGGGAGCCUCGAUGACAGCAGUUUUGGCAGCUCGGAGAAUUCUAACGCGUCCAACGAAUCUGCCGAGGUGACGUCGGUUACCACGGCAGGCACAGAAACACAGGCAGACACACAGACCACCGUGCAGACUGCAACCAGAGAAACAACCCAGCCAUCGUGGGAAGAGUCUGCGACGACGACUCCUUCGUGGGAGCAAUCCACCACCACCACGCCAGCAUGGGAACAGUCCGCCACCCUCACCACCCCGUCGUGGGAGCAAUCGACCCUCGAGUCCAUCACCGCCACCUCCACCACGUCCGCUGCAGACUCCUCCGCCACAACAUGCGGAGCUGCAUACGCGCAGUGUGGCGGCCUGGGCUACUCGGGAGCCAGCUGCUGUCAGGACGGCUACCAGUGCGUCACGGCCAACAGCUAUUGGGCCAGAUGCGUGGCCGCCUCCACGCUCGCGUCGUCUGUGCUCGGCAGCUCAGCCGCCUCCAAGGGCACCACCUACACCACCACCUACACCACCGAGUACUCCUCCACUGUGAGCGCCAGCGGAUCUGCAUACGUGACUGUCAGCAGCAGUGUGGUGACGGCCGUCGUGAAGGACCAGUCUUCCGUGCACUCUGUCUCGAUCAGCAGCGGCGGAUCGCCUGCCAGAAUACAUCGAUUAAUUAGACCGUCGACGGUACAAUCUGUAGAAGAACCGCAUGUUCUCCAAUUUGAGUCCGUACUGCACCCCGUGGGGAACCCUGUACCAUUCACUGUCGCUCGACGAAACCAGCUCCCAGUCGCGCGCACGGCCAGGAGGCCCACAAAGAACGGUAUCCACGAGGAAGUACACGGGGAAGCUCUUGGACCCGACGGUGAUGUGCGAGUAAGACCCGGCCGACUCGAGCACCAAAAAAAGCGUUCCUGGCCGACAAGCACUCAAAGAGUUGAGCAAACCGAUGGCCAGGGUCUUAUUUUCGGCAAACAGCUCGUUCGUGGUGAAACAGCUCGUGAUCAGGUCUGCCGCGUGCAGUCUGGCCAUGCUUUCCUGCGGUUUCUGGAGCACGUCCUGGUGAAGAAACUCGAAUUGCAGCGAAUGUGCUACAUUAAUCAAUUUUGGUUGCACCCAGCGAGAGUCCACAAAACCGGCGAUCUGGUCCACCACGUUUGUCCAGUCGCUGAUGUCGACGGCCGUGACGGUCCAGUGGUGUUUUUCCGAGCCGAUCGCAAGCGUUUCGAGCAGUCUGCUGAACACGCUGCCCAGAGCCACCAAUUCUGCUCCUGCUCCCGCACCAAUGCUCACCACGUUGACUGUUGUCCGGGACGCCAGCAACUGGCCGACCGCGCCCUGCGAAAAGAACCAGCUAACACCUCGUUGACGUUCAAGCCGGACUUGGCACUCGCCUCCAUGAAUGGCAAUCCAAGCUCCUCGGCAAGCAACUCGCCCUGCUUCUCGCUCACCUGUCUGCUCUCGCUGUCCUCGCACUUGUUUCCGACCAAAAACAGCUGGGCCUCGUCCUUGGCGUGCUGGUUGACCGUCUGA